AUGCCUAAAAAACUAGAAAAUAAUUCUAAUGUAAUUUCAUCAUUUGAUGCACAACAACAACUGAAUGUCGACAUGAAAAAACUUUUAUUAAGUGAAAAAUCAGCUGAUGUUACCAUUCAUGUGGGUCAAAAAUCAUUUCGUGCAAUCAAAGCAAUUCUUGCAGUACGCAGUCCUGUUUUUGCUGCAAUGUUUGAUCAUGAACAAUUCAAAGAAAAUCAAAAAAAUGAAGUUGUCAUUGAUGAUAUUGAUGAAGAUGUUUUCGAAGAACUUUUACAUUGCAUUUAUACUGGUGAAUUAUCAAAAGUUAACAAUAUGCCAAUGGAACUACUUGCUGCUGCUGAAAAAUAUCAGGUUGAUUGUCUUAAAAAACUUUGUGAAGAAAUAAUAUGCGAAACGAUAAAUGUUGAUAAUGUUGCAAGUAUACUUGUUUGUUCUGAUAGAUAUAAUCUUGAAAAACUAAAUAAUAAAUGUUUAAAAUUUAUGAAAGAAAAUUUAGCAGCUAUUAUGUCAAACGAAAAAUUUCAAGUUGCAAAAAAAGAAUAUCCAGAAAUUUUUGUAGGUGUUCUUGGAGAGUUGCUUUUGUUGUAA